AUGUGGGAAUAUAUCUCUGUGUGUCGCUGGUUUGCUGCUUGCCGUUCUUCGCUUCCUAAGAUGAAAUCUGGCGCUGCUAAGACCAAAAGCUCUGAGGGCAAGACUAAAGGAGAUGAACAACAACAACCGCAGCAGCAGCAGAAGAAAAGUGCUAGCAGUGUCAAAAGUAGCGGAUCAAAGGACUCGUUACCGGCAAACAAUGAAGAUAGUGAUCUGGUCUUCUCUAGUGUCUCACAAGCAAGUGUCAUCGAAAGGGAGCCAACAAAACCUUCUACUCCUGUGACGCCUCCAAUGCAGUCCAGACCAUUGCCAGUUGCUAACCUGUCUAUGACUGAAACUGUGAAUAGUGAUUCUGUCAGCCCUAAUGAUGAUGACAAGAAGAGUGAUCAGCGUAAGCGUCAAGGGGUCGCAAGCAUCUGGAAACUUCCAAAAGGCGCAGAUGUUAACAAGGACCCGCGAAGCAGCAAUUAUUCGUGA